GGAGGGAGAAAGGGGCGGGGCUGCGUUGCCCUGCCCGCGAGCCGAGUGAGGGCCGUUGCCUGUUUGCUGCUGCUGCUCCGGCUGGCUGCCAAUGAGCGAGAGGUAAUAACGUCAGGUGUUACUGAAACAACUGUCAGUUUGAGAGACCUUAGCUUACAUAUGAAGUUCCCUGUAUUGAAGUCGCACAUCUGCAAUGAAGAAAAGGAGAAAGGUCACUGCAAAUUUAAAUGACAAAACACAUCUUGAUCACCAGAAAGAGUCUUCUGGAAAGAUCUCUGUAGCAGACUCUGUGCAGGAAGCUAUAGUUCAUUCUGUGGGAGUUGCUCCUGCAGACCAGCUUGCAUGUUCAAAAGGACUCCCUCCGUCACCAGAGCAAAGAAGGCUUUUAAGUUCCCUGCAGUACAACAAAAAUCUUCUCAAAUAUUUAAAUGAUGAUCGACAGAAACAACCAUCUUUUUGUGAUCUGCUCAUAAUUGUUGAUGGGAAAGAAUUCAGUGCCCACAAAGUGGUAGUUGCUGUCGGGAGUAGUUACUUUCAUGCUUACUUGAGCAAAAAUCCAAGCACAAAUGUUAUUACCUUAGAUCAUGUAACUCAUUCAGUUUUCCGUCAUCUCCUUGAGUUUCUCUAUACAUCAGAGUUUCUUGUGUAUAAAAAUGAAAUCCCUUUCGUUUUAGAAGCAGCCAGGUUUUUAGAUAUUAUAGAUGCAGUAAAACUGCUAAAUAGUGAAAGUGUUUCCAGUGUGGAGUCUGAAGACAAAACAGAAAAUGCAGCACUGUUUGAAAAGCUCAGCGAACUAACUGUAACUGCUAAAGUACCAAACAGUCAUCAAUGCACUUUGUGCAGUCGCAAUUUCUGUUAUAAGAAAUCUUUAGAAAAUCACCUGUCCAGAGCACACACAUCUUCUCCAUGGGGAAAAGGACAUGGGCUAAAAAUGGUUGAGAGAUCUGAAAUUUCUACCAGAAGAUCAAUGAGAAAUCGUAAAUGUCCAACGAAAUUUGAUCAGAGUUGCAAUGAAAGUAGAGAUAUAUCUGAUAGCAAUUUAGAUAAAGUCAUUCCUGGCAAGGAAACCAGUGAGUCUCGUAAUGCAUCUGAAGAUAGUGGAAGUGAAUAUAAUAGUGAUGAAGACAGGCAGGAAGAAGACACUUCAGGAGAUGAUACCAAAUCUGAAGACCAAAGUGAAGAGGAACCUGAUAAAGAGAGACAUGAGCCAGUUGGUCUGGGAGGAAAUAUUUCUGAAGGCAGUCUUUCCACAUAUAUUCCUGUCAUUGUUCAGAACAGAGGCAAAAAAUGUUUGCAGUGUCCUAAAUGUGAUAAAGUAUUUGAUAGAGCAGGGAAAUUUGAGAGCCAUGCUCGUGUACACACUGGUGAGAAGCCUUUUGAGUGUGAUAUUUGUCAUCAGCGCUAUUCAACCAAAUCCAACUUAACUGUACAUAGAAAGAAACACAAUAAUGAAAUGGAAUUCCAUAAAAAGGAGCACAAAUGUUCAUACUGUAGCAAACUGCAUGCCACGAAAAAGACCUUGAUGAAGCAUGUAAAGAGGUACCAUCCUGAAAAUAUACAGGAGUUUCUUUCCAUUAAGAAGAAAAAGAGUGAAGGCUGGAAAUGUGAUAUUUGCAAUAAAUCUUUUACAAGAAGGCCUCAUCUGGAAGAACACAUGAUUCUUCACACUCAGGAUAAGCCUUUCAAGUGUACCUAUUGUGAAGAGCACUUUAAAUCCCGCUUUGCUAGACUAAAGCAUCAAGAAAAGUUCCACCUAGGUCCUUUUCCAUGUGAUAUUUGUGGGCGCCAGUUUAAUGACACUGGAAAUCUGAAACGUCAUAUUGAGUGUACUCAUGGAGGAAAGAGAAAAUGGACUUGCUUUAUUUGUGGAAAAUCAGUUAGAGAAAGAACUACUUUAAAAGAGCACUUACGAAUCCACAGUGGAGAGAAGCCUCAUCUGUGUAGCAUUUGUGGACAGAGUUUUCGUCAUGGAAGCUCAUACAGGCUUCAUCUACGAGUCCACCAUGAUGACAAGAGAUAUGAAUGUGAAGAAUGUGGAAAGACAUUUAUUCGCCAUGAUCAUCUAACAAAACACAAAAAAAUACACUCAGGUGAAAAGGCUCAUCAGUGUGAGGAGUGUGGAAAAUGUUUUGGUCGAAGAGAUCACCUCACUGUUCAUUAUAAAAGUGUUCAUCUGGGAGAAAAGGUGUGGCAAAAGUAUAAAGCAACAUUUCAUCAAUGUGAAGUCUGUAAGAAAGUUUUUAAAGGAAAAUCAAGUUUAGAAAUGCAUUUUAGGACACAUUCAGGUGAAAAGCCAUACAAAUGUCAAAUUUGUAGCCAGUCCUUCAGAAUUAAGAAGACAUUAACUAAACACAUGGUUAUUCAUUCAGAUGCUCGUCCUUUUAACUGUCAAUACUGCAAUGCAACAUUUAAAAGGAAAGAUAAACUGAAGUACCAUACUGACCAUGUUCAUGGAGGAAAAUCUGUAGAGGAAUCUCCAAGCCCAGAGUCAGAGGAGAAAAUUGUCUCUUUGCCAACCCAGUAUACGCCUGAUGACAAAGCUUUUCAAAGUGAUUCUAAACCAUUCAUGGAACAGACCAAGCCUUACCAAGCAGAAACCAAAACAAUGUUGCAGAAUGUAUCCCCAGACAAUUGUGUUCCAGUAAUGUUGAUACCCGUACAAAUGAAUGAAACUCAGUCUGAACUUAUACAGCAUCCCGCCCCUGUUACAUCUUCACCUAACAACGUUCUUCCUCCUCAGCCGCCUCCAGCAGACUAUCGGCAAGCAACAGAUCUGGCAUUUCUAGAAAAAUAUACACUUACCCCACAGCCUGCAAAUAUAGUUCAUCCUGUCAGAUCCGAGCAAAUAUUGGAUUCUAGAGAACAGUCUUAUCUUGGAACUCUAUUGGGUCUUGAUUCAGCUUCUUCUGUACAGAAUAUUUCAAGUAAUGAACAGUCAUGAUCAUGUCUAACAGAAUGGUGCAUUCCAGGUGUUUUACUAAUUCAUGUUUAUAUCAGAAGGCUAAUAUGCCUGUUUCGUUUAUUCUUUGGCCUCUUCAGUCAUUUGAAAGCUGCUGAGCACAAAGAAAAAAGAGUGUUGUUUUUACUCAAACCAUCAUGGUUUUUUUAAAAAAAUAUAUAAAGAAUUUGUUUUUGUUUUUAAAGGAAGGCAAUUGGAAAGGUACUAAAGUCAGGAAUCUUCCUGUUUUAUCUGGUUAAUUGUGGAUAACUCUUCACUUUUGUGUGUUUAAUUUUUCUUGCAUUUUUUUCAGGUAUGGAAAUUUUCUGAAAAUCUUGAAGGUAAAAAACACACAAUCUGUACACUGACAGUUAGUUCCAGUCCAAGUAAAUUCCUUGUUGAUCUGUAAAACUGUUGUUCUCUUACUAUCAGAAUUUGAGAAAAGACGAUAAGGCUGCAGUCCUAUUACAUUAAGGUUAAUCGAAUUCAAUCAGUAAUGAGUGCAGGAGCAGGGAAGGCUACAAAUGUGUGAAUGGUUGACACAUCCACCAGAAAUCCAUUAUUUUAAAACAUUAUUUAAUUCCCAGUCCAUGAAGAAGGAGCCAUCCAAGAAAGUGUUAAUCCAGUCACUGCCCAGGCAAGGCAAGGAGGAAUUGCAUGUUAAUUUUGAAGAGUAUUUCCAAUUGUAUCCCUUGCUCCUCUUUUUUUUUUUUUUUUUUUUUUUUCUUUUUGCCUUGCUCACGAAUGAUCUUAUACUUGGUCUUCCACUUUCACUUGGCUUUGCUUAACUGUUUUCCUCCAUCUACCCUGCUAUUUUUCCCUUCUGUCUGCUUUGCCUUUUAAAAAAUAAAACAUUGUUAUCACUCCC